AUGGUAUUUAUGAAACCGGAAAGUGCUCUGAAACGAGCUGAUGAAUUCAUUGAAGUCGGUAAAAAGCAACGUGCACUCGAAUCUCUAUUAGAAGUUGUUAAAUCACGACGACAUCGUACAUGGACAAAAACGCACGAACCGUUGAUGGAAAAGUUACUUGAAUUAUGUGUGGAAUUACGUAAAAGUCAAGUGGCAAAAGAUGGCUUACAUCAAUAUAAAACAAUAUCACAGGCGGUUUCUGUCAAGUCGCUAGAAGAUGUUAUAAUGAAAUUUUUGCGAAACGGUGAACAAAGAUGUAUGAAUGCAAGACAAGCUGCACAAAGUGCUGUUGUUGAUAUCGAUGAUUUGGAAGUAUUACAAACACCAGAAAGUUUAUUAUUAAGUGCUGUUUGCGGUGAAUCACAACAAGAUCGUGCUGAUCGUGAUCUUUUAGCACCAUGGUUAAAAUUUGUUUGGGAAUCUUAUAAACAAUGUUUAGAUUUACUAAAAAAUAAUAAUCGUGUUGAAAAAAUUUAUCAGGAUGUUGCGCAAAUGGGUUUUAAAUUUUGUCAAUUAUAUAAUCGUCGACCAGAAUUUCGUAAACUAUGUGAUACUAUUCGUACACACUUUGUACAAUCACAAAAAUAUUCACAACAAAUGUACAGUGUCAAUUUUCAAUUACCGGAAACGCAAACAUUACAUCUGGAAACACGUUUGGUACAAUUAGAUACAGCAAUUGCCAUGGAGCUGUGGCAAGAAGCAUUCAAAGCUGUUGAAGAUAUUCAUAGUUUAACAACAAUAUCUAAGAAGACACCUAAACCACAGCAAUUAGCUAUGUAUUACAAUAAAGUUGCUCUUGUUUUUUGGAAAGCUGGUAAUUAUGUAUUUCAUGCCACUACGGUAUUAAAACUCUAUGUACUACACAAAGAACAGAAGAAAAAUAUCACAACAGCUGAAUUAACAAAACUGUCAACAAAAGCUCUGCUAUCUAUACUUUCUAUACCGUUGCCAACACCACGCACACAAAUUGAUGAACAUUUGGAAACUGAAGACACGUUAAAUGAAAAACAAAAACGUUUAACCGGUUUGUUGACACUACAAACGAUACCGACACGUGCAAGUCUCAUUAAGGAUAUGAUUAAAAAUGGUAUUUUGCAAUUUGUUUAUCCCGAAUUAAAGGAUUUAUAUGAAUGGUUAGAAGUUGAAUUUCAUCCAUUACGUUUAAGUUCAAAGGUUGAAAAAUGUAUUGAGUUUGUUGAAAAAUUAAAUCAACCAGAAUAUUCCCAGUAUAUGCCAGCACUGAGAGAUGUAACAGUUGUCAGAUUAUUACAACAGGUAUCGCAAGUUUAUCAGACAAUCGAAUUAAAACGUUUUAUAUCAUUAGCACCACCAAUUGAUAAAUUCCGUUUAGAAAAAAUUAUUGUCGACUCAGCACGUAAUAAUGAUGUUCAAGUUCGCAUUAAUCAUAAAUUACAAUCCUUAUCAUUUGGUACGGAUUUGACUGCAUCAACAACGUCAUCGUCAUCACUCCGUGGUCAUCAACAGCAACAAUUGGAUUUGGCUCAGGUUGAAUCUGGUCCAAAUGUACAAAAAAUGCCAAAUGAGCAGAUUCGAAAUCAGUUGAUAGCUAUUUCACGUGCUUUACAUUGGGCAAAGGAAUUAGUGGAUGAGAAAGCAAGUAAAGAAAAACGUGAUAAGCUACGACGUGAAAUAGCUCAAACAUAUUAUCGUGAUGAACAAGAACUACGAAAAGAAAUAUUGAAACGGCGAGAAUUAAUUGAACGAUUUAAAGAAACAAAAGAGAAAACAAAUCAAGAUAGAAUAAGAUUAGCUGACGAUGCGCGUAAACGUGCAAUGGUGCAAGCUGUUUUGGAUGAUAAACAUCGAACAGCAGUGGAAUUGAAAGCUAUCAAAGAUAAAGAAGAUGAGGAACUCAAAGAUAAACAGCAUCGUCAGUUGAUGAAAAUGGCUAUUGAUAAAUUACGUGACAGUGAAAUCGGACGUAAAAUAAUUAAAUUAUUAACGGAAGCAGAAUUAUAUAAAUAUGAUCCGGCGUCGUUGAAUGCCCUACAUAUUGAGCAUGUCAUUAAAGAUAGUCGUGAACAAAAAGAAAAAUUAAAACAACAACAUCGCAAAGUUGAUUAUUUUGUACGUGCAUGCCAUGAAGAAGAGGUGAAAUUAUUGAGUAUAAAAAGUGAAGAUGAUAUUACAGUGAGACGUGAUAUAUUUAAUCGUGAACGAGAAAAGGCACAUGAACGACGUAAACGUUUGACACGAAUGGAUGAGGACAAAAAUGAGUUUUUAUCGUCCAUUAAAGAUCGUCGACAUGAUGAUUACUUAUCCCAAAUGAAAGCGUUUCAUCAACGUUUACAAAGAGCAAAAGAGAUAAAACUAGAAGAGUUGAGAAAAGAAAAUAAGGAAAAAAAACAACAAGAUUGGAUUAAACGUAAAGAACUGGAUGAGGAGCGAAAACAACGCGAAAAACAACAACAAAUUCAAGAAGACAAAGAACGUAUAGAGCGUGACCGGCGUGAAAAAGAACGGUUAUUGGAAAGUGAUAGGCGAAAACAAUUAGAUUCUAUCGCUCUUAAACAACGAGAGAAAGAGGAAGCUAUUGAGAGAAAACUGAAAAAACAGGAACAAUCAUUACGCGAAGAAAGAAAUGAGGUAACAAGAGAUAGUGGCGGUGGUAGUGUGGCCAGUCAACCAUGGCGACCAACUAGAAUACGACCAGCUGAACAGCCCGGCACCGAAAAACAACAACCCCCUGCAGAUAAUACGGAUUCUGGUGGUCCACGUAAAGAUGGAGCGGGUAAUUGGCGUACACGUGAAAUUAAGCGCAUGGAUAGUUGGCGACAUAGUGAAAGUGGUAGUAAUAACGAGGAAAAUGAAUAUCGGGAUGUAAAACCAGAGGAUGAUGUUGAUGAACGUACUCCACCGCUAUCUAAAAUCCGUGAACAUAGAGAUGAUCCUCCAAGUCGAAGCUAUAGACAGCAGAGACCAAAUGCUCCAAGAUCAGAUGUGUCGCCACCAUCAUCUCAUUAUCAAGAUUCAUCAUCCCGAUCGAAUUACAGGGCACCGCAGCGUCCAGGUGACGGAAGUCCACCCCGUCAGCAUCAGGGUAGUGGCGGCACAAGAUCAUUUGGUGGUGAUAACUAUCGUCGCACUGGUGAACAACAGGAAUUCAGUGGCAGAAGAACCGAUAAUCGAAGAGCCGAAGCUGAUACGAAAUGGGGACGAGAUCAACCGCCGCAGCAACCUCGACCACAAUAUCAUGAUGAACAUGAUGAUCGUGAUCGUGACCGCGAUCGCGAUCGUUUUUCUUCAAACAGGAGAGGUGGAGGUGGUGGGUUUAGUAAUCGUGAUAAUUUUGGCCGCGAUAACAGAGACAAUAACCGAGAUCAUCCAGUUCGAGGCGACAAUAGUAGAGAUUUUAAUCGAGAUACAAGACCAUACAGUCAUCAUGAUGAUCAGCGAGAGAAUCGUGGGCCACCACAAAGUAGAAAUAUGGGUAGUGGUUCAGGAAGAUCAGAAAUAGAAUCAAGUAAUUGGAGAGCGAAAGCAGCACCCGCAACCACACCACCAAAACGAGACGCGAAUAAACGCAAUGACGAACCAAGAGAAUCUGGUCGAGGAGAAGUAGAAGAAGACGGAUGGAACAUGUCAUUAACUUGUUUAAUUCGAAAAUCGUUAUCGAUUCAACUUCUGACAAAACGAUUUGGUUCAACGAUUAAUCUUAAAACAACGACUAAAACUAGUGAUGACGAUUCUCAAGAAGGCUUGAAUUCAUCUUCUAAAACGAAAGUUAAAUUCGAUAUGAAAAUGCGACAAAAAAUUGAACGUUCAUCAUUCUUAUCAUUUUUAACUGAAGAUCUUGUUUGUAAAGUAGAAAAAACGGUUGAAUUAGCCGAUAGAAUUCAAGAAGUAAAUGUCGAUAAUUUUGAACCAUUAUUUACAUUAAUGGAAAACGAACCGUGUCCAUUAAGAGCAGAUAAUGUAAAUAAUGAGAAAACAUUAAGUGUCAAACAAGUACAGAUGAAUGCAUCAGUGGUAUACGAAGAUUAUCUAGUUGCACCAAUGAUCGGUAUACGAGAGUCACAAACUGUAGAAAAAUUAAAUGAAUCUCAGUUGUAA